CCGAAUUUCCCAGGUUCUCACUUCUCUGGGGAGACCAAUUUUCCAUUAACAAAGAGCCUCGACAGUGAGAGAGAAAGUAUGGCCAAGAAAAGCAAUAAGAAAUCCGCCGAACACAAGGAGCGUGUAGCGGCGAAGCAAUCUAAGAAGGCCUCGCAGAAGGAGAAGAAGGGCAAGUCGAAAGGAAAGGAUGCAGACAGUGAUGUCGAAGACGCCGAUCUAGACGCGAUCCUAGCCCAGUAUGCAGAGGAGCAGGCUCGGUUUCUCAAGGUCACAGAGGUUCCCUCGGGGCCACCGAGUCCCCGGUCCUCUGCCACCGUGCUUGCGUCUCCUUCGAACAGGAACGAGCUUCUGGUCUACGGGGGGGAGUAUUUCGAUGGCAACCUCGCCUCAUUUUUCAACAAUCUUUUUGUUUAUAACGUUGACAAACGGGAGUGGAAGGAGGUCACCAGUCCUAACAGCCCGCUGCCGCGGAGUGGACAUGCUUGGUGCCGUGGAGGAAACACGGGGGGCGUUUAUCUGUUUGGAGGGGAGUUUUCGUCCCCGAAGCAAGGGACGUUCUAUCACUACAACGAUUUCUGGUACCUCGACCCGUCUGCCAGGGAAUGGACCCGCCUCGAGACCAAGGGCAAGGGCCCUCCGGCCAGGAGUGGUCACAGAAUGACAUAUUACAAGAACUACAUCAUUCUCUUUGGUGGAUUCCAGGAUACCUCGCAGCAGACGAAAUAUCUCCAGGAUCUCUGGGUGUAUGACUGCUCGAGGUAUACGUGGUUUAACCCUCCGUUGUCAACGGCUUCCCAGAAGCCCGACCCUCGGUCAUCGUUCUCUUUUCUGCCCCAUGACUCUGGCGCGGUACUCUACGGCGGUUAUUCGCGUGUCAAAGCAGUCGCCGGCGUAGGGAACAAGUCUCAGAAGGGCGGACCGCAGCGCAUGACCAUGAAGCCUAUGGUCCACCAGGACACGUGGCUCCUGAGAAUCACACCACCGGAGUCCGAUGCCCCUGCGACAGCCGCCCCUACAGUCCGCUGGGAACGCCGGAAGAAGCCCGCGAACUCUCCCAAUCCGCCCCGUGUGGGCACCACCAUGGCGUACCACAAAGGCCGCGGGAUUAUGUUCGGAGGUGUCCACGAUGUGGAGCUCACUGAAGAGGGAAUUGACAGUGAAUUCUUCGACACCAUGUACGCCUGGAACACUGAUCGCAACCGUUUCUUCCCCCUAAGUCUGCGACGACCAAGGGCGCAAGGCAAGAAACAGUUGGCCAACCAAGCGAACAAGUCGCGGGAUCGAAGCAAAGCGGACGAAGAGGAGCUCUUGCAGAACUUGAAAGCCUUAGAGUCGAAGGGUGGAAUCCGCAGUCAAGAUGACGACGACGAAAUGCAGUUAAGCACGCCUAAGGCUGAAGAUGAUCCGAGUGAGGAAGAGAAGCAGCCGGCUGUAGUCCGCUUCGAAAUGCCGCACAAAAGAUUCAACGCCCAGUUGGCUGUGCAGGACGAUACUCUUUAUAUAUUCGGUGGAACUUUCGAGAAGGGGGAUCGAGAAUUCACAUUCAACGACAUGUACUCCGUCGACUUGGUCAAGAUGGACGGUGUCAAGGAAAUCUUCUACAACGAGCCCGAGAACUGGCACCUUCUUAACGAGGAAGACAGCGACGACGAGAUGGACGAAGACGAAGAUGAGGACGAAGAGGAGGGAGAGGAAGAAGAAGCGAUGUCGGUGGACACCGCCUCGCCCGCUCCCACCGAAAUCACAGUCCCAUCCGUGACUCAAGGAAUGGAGCAACUGGAAGUGGAAGAGCAAGAGAGUGAGCCAUCUGUGCAGGACAGCAGGCCCCUUCCUCGUCCUUUCGAGAGCUUAAGAGAGUUCUUCACGCGUACCUCCGAAGAGUGGCAGAAUGUCUUGAUGGACGCCCUGAAACACAAAGAUGUGGAGGUGGCGAAGAACAUCAAGGAGCUGCGCAAGGAUGCGUUCAGCAUGGCCGAAGAGAGGUGGUGGGAUAGCAGAGAGGAGAUUAUGGCGCUUGAAGAUGAGCAGGAAGCUGCUGGCAUUGGGGAGGUGGUCAACAUUGCCGAUCGCAGCAAUAACGCUGGCGGUGCUGGACGACGCAGGUGAUUAGAGAUACGAAGUGAGAGACCCAG